CCAAACCCAGAUUCGUUAGGUCUCAAUAAUUAGACACAUACCUAAGUCGCCAACACUCAAAUUAGAGCUGGUAGACAGCCACCAUCUUUAGGUCCCCUUUUGGCUCUUUGAGUCGCACCCUCGCCAGUAUCUACUAAGUCGGCAGUUGUUGUGAUACACAGAGGAAACGAGAGAAAUAUGGGAGGGAAAGCAAGGAAGAGGAGAGAGAAAAAUUAUUUAGCUGCUCAUGGCGGCCACAACCGUCUCCCUCCACCACCCAAUACUUCUUCAAUUAAUGCUUUGCCUAAUAAACUUCGCCAAAUCUUGUCUUUUUCUUCCUCUGGGUCUGCAAAUGAAUCAAAAAAUGUUACUAUUGCUCAAAGGAAGAGCAACAAAGAGGAAACUCGAGAUAAACCUCAAUCAGAAUCAGAGGUGGCUAAAAAAUCAAUGCCGUCUAAAGAAAUUGUGAGCACUGAUGCCAAUGAAGAGAAAAAGAAGAAGAAACGGAAGAGAAAGCAAGCAAACGACCUCCGGUUUGAAGGGGAGCUGGAAAAAUUGGGUGCUAGUUCAAAGCGAAAGCAGCGGAAGAAAGAGUUUCUAAAAGCUAAGAAAAAGAAACAGAAGAAAGGCAAAUCAGAGCAGAUACUCGACCUUCCAAAACGUGAUGAAGUCAAAUUUGGGGAGGUUGUGGAAGCUCCACCAAAGUUGGCUGUUAUUCCUACGCACAAGAAAUAUUUAGAUGCUUCACGUGAGAGGUUACGUAUACAAGCUAUUGAGGCCUAUAGAAGUCGUAAAGGAUGGACUAAUAGACUAGGAGUUCAUCUUCCUCCUGUGAGCACGUCUCCAGAUUUGUUGUGAUAUCUGCUUUUAUUUAUUCUCAUCUUUUUUAAUGAGCUCUUGUCAUUUUUAUAUUUCGAAUAGUUUUUGCAGUCUCUGACAGAACAUUACGUUUACUGAAAUGCAGAAAAGUUACAACUGUCUUUAUGAUC